AUGACAAUGCUUGAUUAGCAAAGUGUCACUUACCACAACAACAAACAUAGACUCUAUAGAAAGAAAUAUGCAAACAAUUCUUUGGUGAAUGAGAGACCUUAAAGCUCAAAUAGACUUUCUUUCAUAUAACCAACUGCAGGUGAUAAGCUAGGCCCUGGAUAAUAUAACCCUAGGUCUUCUUUUGAAUUUGGAAACGCUCCCUGUCAAGUUAAAUUGUCGAAAUUAUCUGCAGUGGAUAAAGAUGCAUUGCUGGAUGGUAGUUAUUAUUAUGUGGGUGAUAGACUUGUAAAGCAGAAUUAGUCAUUAAUGAGGUAAAACUCUAACCUACUCAAGACAUCAAAGCUAAGAGUAAGCAAGAAUCUAUCACAAAGGACAACAUAAGCAUUGACUAAGCAAAGCAAAAAUAAUUCAUCGAUGAAUACCCAUACCAAUACAAAUCAGCAGUCAAUAGUAUCAAAUUAAAAUGACUUCAAUAUCGGUAACAUCGAUUACCAAAAGAAACAGAACUGGGCUGAUAAUCUUUAGAGACUUAGUUUGGAGUAAAGCAUCUUUGACCACUAAGAACCCUCAAAUCCUACAGCCACUUUAUUAGACUUGAAUUACUCAACUGAUCAAAACUUGGUAACAAACAGGUAGAAUAAUUCUUCUAUAUUACAGAAUGAUUCCAUAAUGCGUCAUUCAAGUCAAGGCAGAUAAAAAAGACUUACAAGUUCGCUACAUAAGAGUGGCAAGUACAACUCGAAUCACUCAUUAUCAAAUAUCAGUAUAUACUUUCCUGGGGAUUAAAGAGCAUCCUCAAUAAUUGAAAAAUUAGCUCCAGAAACUGACAAUCUAGGAGAUGUAAUUAGAGAUUCUUAGGAAUUCUAGAUUGGUUGCAAUAGUUUUGAGAAGCAAAAUUAAAGUUUCUUGCAUCGAGACCCUCAGAGGAAGUUACUUUUUGAAGAGUCAAUAUUCAAGACUGAGAAUAGGAAUAGAAAUACUUCUACCCUGAAUAAAGGUUCAAUAAUAAUUGGGAAUAGCAAUAUUUAAAGCUUAAACUUCAGCUUCAAUAACAAGGCUAAGAGAUUCAAAAGUUAAUAGAGAUAGAGAGGUUCUGCUACUAACUUCUAGGGCUAAAACAGCAAUCUAAUGAAUACUAGAGGAUAUCAGAUAACUCACAAGUAUAAUGAUGUUAAAGCAAUGCGAAGUUUUGAAAGGCCAACUUCCAGUACAAUGAACAAACGUAAAAAGCCAAUGAUUUUUACAAUUAUAAACAAUAUGAGUGUAUUUCUUUGA